AUGGAGCGGGGAGCGGCCGGGGACCCCCGCGGGCUCUGGGGGGACCCCCCAGCAGGGACCCUCCUUGUGCCACGCGGGCCCCGCGCCGUGGGAUCGCCCCCCGGAGCCGUCCCGGUGUCCCGGCCGCCGGUGCUGAUCCUGCAGCAGCUGCCCGGGCCCGGGGCCGCCCCCGCGGGACCCCCGCCCGUGCGGGGAGAUUUGAUGGAGUUGAUGCUGAUUCAAACCUCCCAAAUGCACCAGCUGCUGAUGCACAGCCUGGCCAUGGCAGCUCUGAUGCCCCUGGGUGCGAGGCCAGACCCAGCCCCUGCCCCGGUGCUGGCGGGGCCUUCACAGGGCGAGGAGGAAGAGGAGGCCGUGGUUUUCCACCAUCACUACAUGCCCUGGCCCGUGCCCGGCCCGGCCCCCGUGCGGUUCCUGCGCUCCUCGCCCGGGGACGGGCGAGCUGUGCCCCCCCCGCCGCCCCCCAGUGCCACCGGGACAGUGGGACCCGGCAUGCCCCCAGCAGCGGGUAAGGACAGCCUGGGGACAUUGUCCCCAUGGCCCCCGACAGAAGCAGCUUUCCUGCAAGCUUCCAUCACCCCAGGCUGA